AUGAGUAGGAACCUUUGCCAACAUCAAUGGUGCUGCAUUGCUUCAAGUUGCAAUUCACGCAUGGGCGACGUCGGCAGGAUUGCCUUCGAGCAAACCCUGACAUCAUACAUAGGAGUCGAUCUUGGCCACGAAGCUCAAUUUGUUUGCGUCGCCUGUCAUCCGCCUCCCUAUGUCGCUGAUCAAAGUGAAGCGUCGCUCGCGAUUAUCCUAUCCAAAAAACAUAAGCGGAGGAGCCUCCGCGUAAUUCUCACUUUGCUUACAGAUCAGAUCUAUCUUGAAACACUUCACUACGUCGGGUUUUGGUCAGCUCUGAAAUGCCAUCUACGUGUCAAUCCACCCCCAUACCUCACUCAAUACUCAGCCUGCUUCCACCUCUUUUUCCCAUUCCGAUCUCGGGUGGUGGGGCUCCAUAUCGGGCGGCGGUUGUUUAGCGAGGCGUCAAUGUGGCUUUCGUUAUUCGAGUCAUAUACUUGGAGCCAUCGCCUAUCAUCUUACAGGGACUGCGAUGACCGGGAUUACUUUCAGUCAUCCUACUUUGACCAUGCGGCACAUGGCUGA